AUGUCUGACACAGAGGAAGUUGAACAGGUCGAAGCUGUAGCCGAAGAGGUAGUAGAGGUAGAAGUGGCCCCUGAGGUGGCCCCUGAACCAGAGCCAGAACCUGAACCAGCAGUAGAACCCGAACCCGAGCCUGAGCCUGAGCCUGAGCCAGAACCUGAGCCAGAGCCAGUAGCCCCAGAACCAGAACCAGAACCAGAGCCAGAACCUGAACCAGAGCCUGAGAAGCCUAAGUUCAAACCAUCUGCUCCCAAGAUCCCAGAGGGUGAGAAGGUGGACUUUGAUGACAUUCAGAAGAAGCGUCAGAACAAGGAUCUGAUUGAGCUGCAGGCCUUGAUCGAUGCCCACUUUGAGCUCAGGAAGAAGGAGGAAGAGGAGCUGAUUGCCCUGAAGGCCAGGAUUGAGAAGCGCAGGGCAGAGAGAGCUGAGCAGCAGAGGAUCCAAGCUGAGAAGGAGAAGGAGCGCCAGGCAAGACGUGAGGAAGAGAGGCUGAGGAAAGAGGAAGAGAAUGCUAAGAAGAAGGCAGAAGAGGAAUCUAAGAAGAAGUCAGCACUGUCCAACAUGGGCUCCAACUACAGCAGCUACUUGCAGAAGGCUGACUCAAAGAGAGGUGGGAAGAAGCAGACAGAGAGAGAGAAGAAGAGGAAGAUCCUGGCUGAGAGACGCAAACCACUCAACAUCGACCAUCUUAAUGAGGAUAAGCUCAAGGACAAGGCCAAUGAGUUGUACGAAUGGCUGAAGACUCUGGAGUCUGAGAAGUUUGACCACAUGGAGAGACUGAAGAGACAGAAGUAUGAGGUUACAACCCUGCGUAAGAGAGUGGAAGAGCUGAGUAAAUUCAGCAAGAAGGGAGCUGCCGCUCGUCGCAGAAAGUAA